UGCAAAAAGAAUCAUAUCAUCCCUUGCUUCCUUUCCCAUGCUUUCAUACUUCUUUGCUUUCUGUUGUAAACACAAAAGAAUGGGGCAACCUUGAUUCAAUCGGGUGUAUUAAUUAAUCGAUUGCCACUAAAUUUGUCAUCACCAUCCUUCGUUUCGGCAAAUCUCUGUCUGUCUCUCAUACCGUGUUUAACUUGCUCUCAUGGCGGGACCAAAAGUUGAUGCAGCUUACUUGAAGGAGAUUGAGAGAGCUCGCCGCAGCCUCCGUGCUCUCAUCUCUAGCCGGCAAUGCGCUCCCAUCAUGCUUCGAUUAGCGUGGCACGAUGCGGGAACUUAUGAUGCAGAAACAAGGACAGGAGGGCCUAAUGGCUCGAUCAGAAAUGACUUUGAAUUAAAACAUAGCGCCAACAAUGGAUUGAAGAUUGCAGUUGAUUUUUGCGAAGAAGUGAAAAGAAGUUGUCCAAAAAUUACAUAUGCUGAUCUCUACCAGCUUGCUGGUGUUGUUGCUGUUGAGGUCACAGGCGGUCCUACAAUUGAUUUUGACCCUGGAAGAAAGGAUUCGAGUGAGUCCCCUCCAGAAGGCCGCCUUCCCGAUGCCAGUAAAGGUGCCUCACAUUUAAGGGAAGUAUUUUACCGGAUGGGCUUGUCGGACAAGGAUAUUGUGGCGUUAUCUGGUGGCCACACUCUGGGAAGGGCGCACAAGGACCGAUCAGGCUUUGAAGGACAGUGGACCAAGGAUCCCCUCAAGUUUGAUAAUUCUUACUUCAAGGUGCUGCUGAAAACGGAAUCAGAUGGACUUCUAAGACUUCCAAGCGACUUGGCUCUAGUGGGGGACCCCAAGUUCCAUCCCUACGUGGAACUAUAUGCCACGAACGAAGAGGUUUUCUUCAAAGAUUAUGCAGAAUCUCACAAGAAGCUAUCGGAGCUCGGAUUCACCCCAAGGUCCUCGGGUUCGGGACUGAUGGGCAAGUUGACAUCAACACCAGCCCAGUUGGUGUUUGCAGCAGCAGUGAUAAUCUUGGGCCUCUAUUUCAAUGUUUACCGAAAAUUUAAGUGAAAGAACUCCUUUAAGUUGGCUGAAAUACCACCGUUGAAUUAUGGUGAGAACUUAAUGAUAUAAGUGGACUCCUUUAAGUUGGCUGUACUACAAACAUUGAAUUACCGUGAGAAAUUAUGAUAUGAAUGCCAAUAUAUUACCGAUA